AUGCCAGAAACUCGGGCGCCCUACAUUUUGCUGGGCAACAUCUUCCCGUUUCUGCUGGCGACCGUCUUCUACUUUGGAAGAGUCUACAGUCGAGCAGCGAUCUUACGCACCUUCGGCUGGGACGACUGGCUCCUCACGACAGGCUAUUUUGGCGGUGGCUUGCACGAAGCUGACACACAACCCAGCACCGUCGUGCCUUCUCUCAAGUUGCUUUACGGCACCCUUAUUGCUUACCAAUUCUCACUCUGCUUCACGAAGCUCUCUCUAUGCGCAUUAUAUCUCAAGGUGUUUACAACAAGUCGCUUCAGCCGGGUCUUCCUGUACAGUGUCUUCGCUUUUGUGGCAAUAGCCACCAUCGUCCUUGAAUGCAUUUGCAUCUUUCAAUGCAUCCCCAUCGAAGGUGUCUGGAACAUCACCAUACAAAAGAAAUCGUGUAUCGAUACCAUACCAGCAUUCUAUGCUUCGACAGUGGAAAGCGUCCUCGUGGACGUGCUUCUCAUAGCCUUCGCGGCACCAAAAAUCAUGGGACUCAACCUACAUGCACGCCAAAAGAACGCGCUUCUCUUCACAAUUUGUCUGGGUGGCAUCCCUGUUAUCGCCAGUAUUGUCAGAGCAGUAAGAGUCAGCAGUAUCCUGCACGCAGAGGACAAGACAUGGGUCUCUUUUGAUUCCUCAAUCUGGAGCGCUGUAGACGCCAACGUCUCCAUCAUCUGUGCAUCCGUGCCGUCUCUCAAGCCUCUGCUUAGACAGAUUGCUCCCACCUUCAUGGGUUCCACCUUCGGCACAUCUGCACCAGGAACCAGCGGUCAAUAUGCUAACACCAGAAGAUCAUGGUUGGACAAAUCAUUCGGGAGCAAAGGCUACGAAUUACAUAGUGCACCUCAGUCGGGUGUACACAAUGGUAGUCAACUAGAGCUGGCCAACAAUGCUGGAACAAAUGAUUGGGCAAUCAACAAGGGGCUGAACGACGAAGAUGCGAUCAGCGAAGACAGCAUUCAUGGAGCUCCGAUCAUCACGAAGAGUGUGACCGUUGCGGUAACCAGAGUUGAACCAACGUCGCCUUAA